UGUAGUAUCCUUUGGUCCGGCGCAGUGAACGGUUUUGCAUCUUGUGCCACAGCUGCUGGAGGGUGGGAUCAGCAGGUGAGUGUGAAACGGUGCCGUACUUUGGAGACAAUCUGCUUUAUGAAAGGCGAUCACCAAAUCUACACACAUCAUAACGAAGAGACAAUGGGAGAUUCCACGAGUCCUGUCCAUGCGGUUCGCCAUGAUGGCACCAGGGACAAUACGCGAAAGUUAAAGGUGCAGUCUGACACUGACCAGAUGCCGCCGCUGCCGCCACCACCUCCACCACCAGAACAGGGCCAGCAUCCUCUACCGUCACCAUCAGAGCUGGAUGCCACACUGCCUCCUCCCAUGUCCACACAACCUGCUCCCCCUCAGGCAAGCAGUGUGCCAGGAUCUUCAGAGCUGGCUAGCUUACAGCUCAAGGAAAUACCAGAACAAGAUGAAAGCAAGCUCAAGGAUUCAGGUGUGACUAUGAGCCCUACAAAUUGGAAAACUAAAAAUUGGGCUGAUAUUGUGAAGCAUGAGAAGCAGCAAGAAAUCCCAAGGAUACCUGUGGGUCGUGGAGCGUUGAAGAAAGUAUUCAAUGUGUUAAAGGGAGUAGGAGAAGCGGGUCAAAUUGAAGAAAGAAAACUAAGUGUGAGGGCUGAACAUAGUCAUCUCUCUGAUGUCAGGGUAAAGCAGGCAGACAUGCAGCAACAUUUAAAGCCGAAACAAACCGUGUUUCUCAGAGGAGAGAAAAGGGGCAAUCCAGAUAUGCUUCCGAUACCAGAACAAGAUGAAAGCAAGCUCAAGGAUUCAGGUGUGACUAUGAGCCCUACAAAUUGGAAAACUAAAAAUUGGGCUGAUAUUGUGAAGCAUGAGAAGCAGCAAGAAAUCCCAAGGAUACCUGUGGGUCGUGGAGCGUUGAAGAAAGUAUUCAAUGUGUUAAAGGGAGUAGGAGAAGCGGGUCAAAUUGAAGAAAGAAAACUAAGUGUGAGGGCUGAACAUAGUCAUCUCUCUGAUGACAGGGUAAAGCAGGCAGACAUGCAGCAACAUUUAAAGCCGAAACAAACUGUGUUUCUCAGAGGAGAGAAAAGGGGCAAUCCAGAUAUGCUUCCGAAAGAGCCUACUACAGAAACAAAAAGGGGUGCUGUUUGGCCAUCACGUGCCAAGCCAUACGGAACACUAACUAUCGGAGCUCGAAAUAAAUUAGCAGAGCCACUGACCAGCACACCAACGAAGAGUACAGUAGAGAGCAAGAGCAAGCUGCCAUUACCUGUGCCACGAGUUAGAAGUUGCACUGAUACUGCUCCAACCUCAGUGUGCCUGCUUGACAACAAGGAACCUCCAGAGGGAGUAUCUCAAAAGUGUCACACUGAACGUGAGGAUAUACAGUUGAAAAGAGAGAUUGAUCAAAGUCCAAUUUCAUUGGAAGAGAAGCAGUUUCAGAGUGAUUUGGAACUUGCCCGCCAGUUAUCCCUUAAAGACAUGUAUCCAUCUGGAAGCAAAGAACAAAUCAGUCACUCUUCGGAGACUGUUGACAAACCAAAAAGAGACUUACGUGCAGCAGAAGAUGCACAGUUCUUAAGGGACAUGGAAGAAGCAUGUGAGCGCUCAUUUUUAGACAAUUGCUCUCCUGGUUCCUUGGAACUGGACAGGGACCCUGAGGCCACAGUGUCUCCAUUGCAAUCAGAUGAGGAGCAGGACAUGCCCAUUAUGGAAACAUUGGACAGAUAUCUGAAAGACUCAAUGGAACACAAUGGUAGCCCUCUAUACUCAACACAGGUCCCAACCUCUACAUCCAGAAUUGAUAGUGAUGGCGGUCAUCAUUCAUCACAGAGCAACAAACAUCAUAAUCCAUCACUGCAACCUGGCCCAUCAACAUCUAAGAUAGAUGAGAGAAAUAGAGAGAGGUUAACCUUGACAGAAGAGGAACAGUUCCUUAGGGACAUGGAAUUGGCUCGUCAGUUAUCCCUCCAGGAAAACUGGAGACGUGUUGCGGAUGAUGGAGAUUCAUCUGAUGAAGAUUAGCUGCUUAAAUUACGUCCAAGCUGCACCAGAACUUAGACUGGAGGUUCUCCAAGAGUUUCAAAGUGUUUAAAGUAAUUUUUCACCGUUUUAGCUGUAGUUAAUGUUUUCAGUAUUUUUUAAGUUCUGAUUUUAUAGGUAUUUACAAAUUUUGUAAACUUACAAAUUCAUUCGAAAGAUGACCUAUUAGAGGCUAAAAUUGUAACGUUAUUUAAGUGAACAACAAAAACUGGGAUCAUAUACAUGAGUAGGUGUCAUGAUGUUAGUAUUUUCAGCACAUGCAAGGAAAACAAAACAGGAAUGACGACUUCUCAAGAAGCCUCAGUGUUGUGUGUCUUUGUGCUCAGUGAAUGAAACGUACAUUAAUUUGUAUGUUAAGAUUUUAAAUUUGAUGUAUGCUGCUUUCUUGAAUAAAUAUCUUAGCCAAA